UGAUACUCUCUACUUUACAUACGUAAUUGAUCCAUUAAAAUUUAAAACAUCCAACAUCCUUUUGCUUCACAAAGAGAAAAAAUGUCCAACACGUUGGAUUCCAAGCCCACCUUAGUGGAUGAUUGUCGUGGUGUUCUUCAUGUGUACAGUGAUGGUGCUAUAGUGCGUUCUUCCAAUCCAAGUUUCAAUGUUCCUGUCCAAGACGACGGCACCGUUUUGUGGAAAGAUGUCAUUUUUUAUCCUACCCAUGACCUUUGGCUUCGGCUCUACAAGCCAGCCGCUUCGUGCCACUCCGGCUCCAAGCUUCCCAUAUUUUACUAUAUCCACGGCGGCGGCUUUUGCAUCGGCUCCCGCACGUGGCCUAAUUGUCAAAACUAUUGUUUUCGGCUAGCUUCUGAGCUUCAAGCCGUGGUCGUUGCCCCAGAUUAUCGGCUCGCUCCCGAGAAUCGGCUCCCAGCUGCAAUUGAGGAUGGCUACACGGCCAUCAAGUGGCUUCAAGCCCAAGCUGUGAGCGACAAGCCGGAUCCAUGGUUGAAUGGAGUGGGUGAUUUCAGCCGAGUGUUCAUAUCCGGCGACUCAGCCGGUGGAAACAUAGCUCACAAUUUGGCUGUUAGGCUCGGCUCCAAGUCGCUGGAGUUGGCGCCAGUUCAGGUGAAAGGCUAUAUUCUAUUGGCACCUUUCUUUGGUGGAACUAUCCGAACCAAAUUAGAAGCUGAAGGACCUAAAGAUGCUUUUCUCAAUUUGGAACUCAUUGACAGGUUCUGGAGGCUUUCAAUACCUGUUGGGGAAAACACUGAUCAUCCACUUGUGAAUCCAUUUGGACCAAUUAGCAAGAGUCUUGAAACAAUUGAUCUUGACCCAAUUCUAGUGGUGGUUGGAGGGAGUGAUUUGCUUAGAGACAGGGCAGAGGAUUAUGCAAUGAAACUCAAGGAUUUGGGUAAAGAUGUUGAGUAUGUAGAAUUUGAAGGACAACAACAUGGUUUCUUCACCAUUAAUCCCAACUCAGAGCCAUCAAAGAAGUUGAUGUUGGUCAUCAAACAUUUCAUAAAUAAGUAUUCUGCCUAAGUUUCAAGGAUUCCAACACCACUAUUGCUCCUACUUGAAUGUUCCAUAUACUCAAUGAAUAAGAAUUUAGAAGCUACUAAAAAAACUUUUUCAUUCAAAAUUUAGUAAAACCCUUUUACUUUGUUUUAUUUUUAUUUCUUAGAGUAUGUUUACUUGGAAUCAUUCCUAUCAAAAAAUUGUCUUGAUGAAUUUCAUUUAGUCAUAAAAAAAGUCUCACUAAUCUAUCUUUACUUUA